CAACUUGGUGAAGGAAAUUCAAUUGGCAGAUCACGGGAACUUUAAAUAUUGCUGGAUAUUCUCAGCCAAGCCGUCUCUUGUGCCUUCUUGUUUCUAUAUAUUGGAUUUUCCGUGUUUCAAACGAUUUCAUUUUCGUGCACUUGUUCGAUAAACGCACCAACUGAAUCGUUAUUUCAAUCAGUUUUUUAGUCGCUGUAGAUUUGCAUUUGGCCAUCUUUGAAUCACAGAAUACAGACCUCUUCUCUUUUUCUGUGUUUCUGUGUUUGAUGGUCGUCUACUAAUGCAUUGUUCUGAUUGCCUAGCGAGCGCGUCAAAUUCGGAUGCGAACGUUCUGAUUCUUUUGGUUUUUUUUACAAAUCUUUUAGUUCUAACUGGAAAGUCGGCCGGUAUCUGAAGCCAUAAAAUGUUAAGAAGUUCAUUGAACUUUGCCAAUUGGAACUUUUGAAGGUUUCAUAAAAAACAAAGCACCUGCCAUUUGGCGAUUCAAAGUUAGAAGACUCUUUAAGGAAACUCUUUAAGAACAAUCUUCUAAUUCACAGGAUUACCAAGUGCAAUGGUUAUCAAGUUUACUUUUCUUAUUACGUCAUCAACGUAAGCACGAGUAGCCUGUUACAUUAGAAGUAUACUAUUCAAAGCCGAAGAUCAGAAAAAAAAACAAAUGUAUUGCUCGAAUGAACCAUUUCUGUUGAAUCUCUACAGUAUGCAGACGAUAUGAAAAGUGACGUCAUCUUAUUAUCUAAUGCCCGUAUCUCAUUUGUCUUGACAGUUUCAAUAGAGCAGCCAGGAAGUUUAUCUUCUUAAAAUAGCAGCUGCUUUUAUAAGAUAAGUUUUCCACUCCCUUGCGGGGAGAAUUUGCUUGCUGCAAACCAACGGUCACAGUAUGGCAGAAGCAAGUUGCGUUAACCUCAAAACAGUAUUGUUUGGGUUUGGUAUUGGCUGGCUGUGCCUGCUUGUCAACUCUUCACAAUCGCUGUUUGAGAGAAUAGACAAUAAUUCAGAUCUUGAGCAAGACACGUCUUCUGUGAUAAUCGGACAGAUAUGGCAUCAGUGCAGUUUGGAUGAGAAGUGCAACUUUGUUGCUAAACGGAGCAGUGGCUCAAUGUUUGAAAAGAAACAAUCAAUUGAUGCAAUGGGCAGCUAUUUUGCUGUGUGGAGGAAAGUUCCAGUAACUUCAUUCAGCAGCUGCAAAGACGCAUAUGCUUCAGGUAUAAAGGAGAAUGGUCUUGUUUCCCUUAGCUUGCCUGGACUCGGUCUUUUGAAUUCGUAUUGUGACAUGAAAACAAGUGGUGGUGGCUGGACUGUUUUCCAAAGAAGGGUUGAUGACACUGUUGAUUUCGAUAGAAAUUGGGAUGAGUAUAAAAGGGGUAAGUAAGCUGAAUGCUUUACUUAUUUCAGAAAAAAUGAUAUUAAAAGCUUCAUCACUUUAGAUAUAUUUUUCGCUGUUCAAGAAACAUUGCAGAUAUUUUGAGCAGCAGUACUGUAGAACAGAUAGAAUUAUUGAAAAGACACAAUUGUUUGAUGUUAGAUGAAGAGCAAUAGGAACAAAAUUGAUUUCUCAUUGGAAACAAAGAAUUUUUAUAAUAUUUUGAAGGGCAUGAGCUAUAAUAGUAGCUACAGAAUUGUUUGUAGAAAUACGAAACUGAUAGCAGAAAUUAUUUUGAUUGGCUUCAUUAAAAAUUGAUUUAAUCUGUUGCAACGAAUCAAAAAUUUAUAGAAGAAUGUGCGAUGUCCCCAGGGUGUCCAGCGUGUCCAGUGGACGUCAAACCCACUCUGAGGCGUCCAUAGACAGCGGGUUGAAGCCCCUUUGGUAUCAAUAGACAGAGGGCUUGAUGCAUCGGAGAUGCUGAGAGCAGGCACCGCGCAGCUAUUGCGCCAGCAAGGGCUAUAGCCCCUCAAUAUUUUUGCAAUAGUAGGCUAGAAAAGUUUUUGCAAGAUUUACUCUAACGCACUUUGGAUAGUAUACUCCUAUGUAAUAGCAGUUCUUCUUGACUGGGAACCUUUUUUGUUCAUUUUCAAGGUCUUUUAUCAUGUUUAAUGAUAUGAUGUAUUCUUUAUUACCCUUUUUAUAUUUAUUGAUAUCUUCUCGGAACCAGACUGUUUACAAAAAUUCAGUAGAAAUAACAAAGUAUUUUCUAAAAGAGGCGUUUUCCGGCGAUCUAGAGGGCGUGGCCUAAAAAUUCUUCGGGGACAUCCAUUUCAGCUUCUUCACUCUUAGACUGGUGAGCGGUCUCUGGCUGAGAGCUGCCUUAAUGUAAUAUCAUGUGUACAUUAAAAUGUGUAUCAUGGAUAAUUUCGGAAAUAAUUCUUAUUAUUCCAAAACUUUUUCCUUUAACGGAUUGGCAUUUUUGAUAUAGAGAAAUGUGAGUCGAUUUCUCAGCAGACAAUGACUUUACAAUUCUAGAACAUAAACCUAUUUCUUUAGCAACUAGGUAAUAAAAUUACCAGGUAUAAUUUCCAGUUCAAGAACUUAGACAAGUGGCUAAAAAAGGAUUCAUAUGAUAUAUAGAUAGAUUUAAGAAAUUAUAUUUUUAAAAUAUCAAUUUAAUCAUUAUGCAGAACUCCUCCGUAGCACUCUUGCUACAUACAUUAAUUUAAACCAGUUAAGUUUGUGAAAGAGGGAUUCUGAGUCAAAUCAAAUGUAUUGUUAGGAACAUCGCGAUCUAUCCCAGCAACUUCUACUGCCUUCCUGUGUUUUUCGAUGGAGUUCAGUCCUCUUCUCUUUUAUAUAUUUCAGCAUGAUAUUCUAAGAUUGCCAUACCCAGAGUCCAGGAAAGUUGUCAAUAUUCCUCCGGCCGAGAAAAUCUUGAUAUAAAAACCUCCCUCCUUUUUAUUAGGCUAAAAAUGGGCGUGUUCAACAAAAUGAGGGAACACAACCAGUAACCAUCCCCUCUCCUUACCCCUUUGUUUUUCCAAAUGUUUGCAUGCUCAUAUCAAUUAAUAAUAAAGUUGUUUCAUAAUUUAAAUACAUAAAUUAUGAAAAAUUGAUGCCUAAAUUUUACAGUGCAAAAAGUUAUGCUGACACAUUCAUAUCAAAAAACUGGAAGUUCAUAAACAUUAUUUGGUUUUCAUCAUUUUUGCCUGACUGUGUUUUGAAAACCAAAAGCCAAUAUGAUUUCUUCAACUUCGUCGAGUUUCGAAAUUCUUGUUCAACCCUUCUUCGAUUCCUAGUUGUUUCUACAACAUUCCUCCGGCCAUUUGCCGUGCGGUCGUGAUAUUUUCCUGACGCUAGUCAUACCCAGGUGAUGAAACCCUAUAGAUAGCUCGGAUAUGGUCAAUCCCAGGAACGUUCGAGGUAUAAUUAAUCUUCAUUGCUACUUUCCGGUUUUUGUUACGACGGCAUUUAUGUUUGGCCCCUAGGGGUACCAUUGGAGCUCUAAGCCCCCGUGUACACAACAACCUAUUUCA